AUGGCAAACCAAUAUCCUGCCGGUUAUGACAACGGCCACCCACUCAAUGACAUACCACCCACAAAUGCUUACAGACGAACGGAACAGCAUUCAGACGACGAAGCAGAGCAUUCCUUACUACACCAGAACGCCGCCUAUCAAUCCCACUAUGACGACCCCCAUUCUCGCCCAUUGACCCCAGGACAAGAGUCGAUCUAUACUCUGAAUGAGACGUACGAAGGUGGAGACAAAUCAAAAGUCCCGGUUACUGGGUAUAACCCUCAACACACUCAGGCCUAUGGGCGUGAUGGGGGCUACGGUUUGAGCAACACGCAGGCCGGGUUCGCGACUCCUGGGUACCCUGACCCAACCGAGAGAAGUGCCUCGACCGAAGCAUGGCAACAAAGACAGGCUCCCGGUUUCGGCUCAGUCAAACGCUACGCCACCAGAAAAGUCAAGGUGGUCAACAGUGUCCUGAGUAUUGACUAUCCAGUGCCCAGUGCCAUCCAAAAUGCCAUUCAGGCCAAAUACCGGACCGACCUGGAAGGGGGCAGCGAGGAGUUUACACACAUGCGCUACACGGCCGCGACCUGUGACCCCGAUGAUUUCACCCUGAAGAAUGGCUACAACCUGCGCCCCGCCAUGUACAACCGUCACACUGAGCUUCUCAUCGCCAUUACCGCCUACAACGAGGACAAGGUCUUGACUGCCCGCACAUUACACGGCGUAAUGCAGAAUAUCCGUGACAUUGUCAACUUGAAGAAAUCCGAGUUCUGGAACAAGGGCGGACCUGCCUGGCAGAAAAUUGUCGUGUGUCUAGUUUUCGACGGAAUCGACCCUUGCGACAAGAAUACGUUGGAUGUUCUUGCUACUGUCGGUGUGUACCAAGACGGGGUCAUGAAGAAGGACGUUGAUGGAAAGGAGACCGUGGUUCAUAUCUUCGAAUACACUACCCAGCUCUCAGUGACGGCUAAUCAGCAGCUAAUUCGACCCAACGACAACGACCCCACUUCCCUCCCUCCAGUGCAGAUGAUGUUCUGCCUGAAGCAAAAGAACAGCAAGAAGAUUAACUCCCACCGAUGGCUGUUUAACGCAUUUGGUCGCAUCCUGAACCCCGAGAUUUGCAUUCUCCUCGAUGCCGGCACAAAGCCCGGUUCAAAGGCUAUCAUGGCUCUGUGGGAAGCUUUCUACAACGACAAGGACCUCGGAGGCGCCUGCGGUGAGAUUCAUGCCAUGUUGGGUCGCGGAGGAGUCUUCGGCCGGAAGCUCCUGAAUCCCCUUGUCGCCGCGCAAAACUUCGAGUACAAGAUCAGUAACAUCUUGGAUAAGCCGUUGGAGAGUUCCUUUGGCUACGUCAGUGUGUUGCCCGGUGCUUUCUCAGCGUACCGUUUCCGAGCGAUCAUGGGUCGUCCUCUGGAACAGUAUUUCCACGGUGAUCACACCCUUUCGAAACGACUUGGUAAGAAGGGUAUCGAAGGAAUGAACAUUUUCAAGAAGAACAUGUUCUUGGCCGAGGACCGUAUCUUGUGUUUUGAGUUGGUCGCGAAAGCAGGCUCAAAAUGGCACCUUACCUACGUCAAGGCCUCGAAAGCCGAAACCGAUGUGCCUGAAGGUGCUGCGGAAUUUAUUGGUCAACGUCGACGUUGGCUCAACGGGUCCUUUGCCGCCUCCAUCUACUCCCUCAUGCACUUCUCCCGCAUGUACAAAUCCGGCCACAACAUCAUCCGAAUGAUCUUCUUUCACAUCCAAAUGAUAUACAACAUUGUCUCGGUUGUCCUUUCCUGGUUCUCACUCGCGGCAUUCUGGCUGACCACCAAAAUUCUCAUGGAUCUGGUCGGUCAGCCCAGCAGUAACAACAACAACCAUGCUUUUCCAUUCGGCAACAGUGCGACCCCGAUCAUCAACACGAUCCUACAGUACACUUACCUGGCUUUCCUUCUUUUGCAAUUCAUCCUCGCCUUGGGGAAUCGUCCCAAGGGUUCCAAAGUCGCUUAUGUUAUCUCAUUCUGCGUCUUCGCUGUCAUUCAGCUCUAUGUGAUUGUCUUAUCCAUGUACUUGGUGAUUCGGGCAUUCACAUCGAAGGACGGCACCGACAUCGUCACCAAUGAGGGCGCCAAUGAGUUCAUCAAAUCUUUCUUCUCCUCGACCGGACCAGGUAUUGUUAUCAUCGCACUGGCUGCUACCUUCGGAUUGUACUUUGUGGCCUCCUUCCUGUACAUGGAUCCUUGGCACAUGUUCACCUCUUUCAUCCAGUAUCUGCUCCUCAUGCCAUCCUUCAUCAACAUCCUCAUGAUCUAUGCUUUUAGCAAUUGGCAUGAUGUCUCCUGGGGAACCAAAGGUGCGGACAAAGCGGACGUGUUGCCUUCGGCUCAAACCAAGAAGGACGAGAAAGGCAAGGCAACCGUGGUGGAAGAGGUGGACAGACCCCAAGCCGAUAUCGACUCUCAGUUCGAGGCCACGGUCCGACGUGCUUUGGCGCCGUACGUGCCACCGGUGGAGAAGGAAGACAAAACCUUGGAAGACUCGUACAAGAACUUCCGAACUCGACUCGUGGCAACGUGGAUCUUUUCGAAUGCCUUGCUUUCGGUUAUCAUUACUAGUGAUAGUGUCGACAACUUCGGGUUUACUUCUAGGGCGACAAGUCGAAGCACUCACUUUUUCCAAGCGCUCUUGUGGACAACGGCAGCUCUUUCCGCUGCGCCCUACCCUCAUUGCUCCUUCUGUCACCUCUACAACUCAUUUAUCGGACUCGCCCGCCUCUGUCGACAAAUUCUCGUCUCUCACGCUUUUCAUCACCUCCUUAGAAUCUCUCUAGAAGCAAAUAUUCCCAAAACAAUGAUGAAAAUAUGGUCGAUGAAACAACAGCAGCAAAAGGAUGAACAGGCACAAGGGGUGUCACAGAAGAAGAAGAAGGUCACUGCUGCGCAACUUCGCGUGCAAAAAGAUCUCAGUGAACUGUCACUCGGGUCGACCAUGAAGACGACGUUCCCAAACCCCGACGACAUCCUAAACUUCACCCUCACAAUCGAACCCGAUGAAGGAAUGUACAAAGGCGGCAGCUUUGUGUUCACCUUCUCCAUCAAUCAGAACUUCCCACAUGAUCCACCGAAAGUCAAAUGCACGCAGAAGAUCUACCAUCCGAACAUCGAUCUAGAGGGAAACGUCUGCUUGAAUAUUCUAAGAGAAGACUGGAAACCAGUAUUGAAUCUGAAUGCUGUUAUUGUCGGCAUGCAGUUCCUUUUCCUGGAGCCGAAUGCUUCUGAUCCCCUCAAUAAGGAGGCAGCUGAAGAUCUCAGAAACAACAGAGAAGGGUUCCGGCGCAAUGCGCGAACAGCAAUGGGGGGCGGAUCAGUGAAAGGGCAGACCUACGACCGAGUGUUGCGAUGA